AUGCCGGGUCCGGCUCCCUGCAUCAACCCGGCCACCCCACGCCAGGUCCGGCUCCCGCGCCGACCCUCGGCUGCCACGCCCCUCGCCGCCACCGGCUCGGUGCCCCGCCCGCCGGCCUCGUCCUCAACCCGGCCCGCCGCCUCCGCUCCCACGCACCAACCCCGGGCCGGCUCCGGGUCGCCGACCGUCCGCCCAGCCGGCUCCGACCCGGCCGCACGCCGGUUUCGCGCGACUCGACGCCGUCCGGCGUCCCCAGCGGCCUCCCGCGCUGGCUGGCUCGCCUCCCCGGACGGCCGGCUCCGCCCCCCGCCCGGCGACCCGGCCGCUUGCCGGCCCCGCACGCAUCCCGGCUGGCCGGCUCGCCGCCCCCACGCCGGCUGCUCCCUGCCGCCUCGCCCCUCCACGGCUCCGCCUGGCCUCCUGCUCCGCGUCCCUGCCGACUGCCGGGUCGCCCGCCACCCGGCUGUUGGCCCGACCGCCCGCCGUCGCCGAGUGCUCCGCCUAGCACCACCACGGCCGAGCCCCCGCCCGCCGGCUGCUGCUCGGCUCUGGUCCGCGGACGCGGCCGGUUCCCCGCCACUGCGGCUGCCUGCUUCGGCCGGGUGCGCGUUGACAGAAGCAGAGGCCGGCUGGAGAAAGAAAAAGAAAGGGGCCAUCUAG